AUGAUAGUUUCAAGAGUAACCGCAGUAUUAGGCAACAAUCCUAAUUUUUCCAGCUUACUCACAUAUCGCAAUUUUAGAAUAUUUAAAAGGGCCUUAAGGACAUCUCCAGUUCUUUCUAACGAGUCCCAAGAUGAUCUAGGCCCUCCUAUAAGGAGGCCAAGGAAAUACCUGGACAUGAAAACGUUCAGAAAGUUCUUAAAGCAGCAAAAGACCCUGGAAAUUGAAAGCGAGAAGAGAGAGAUAUCACGAUCGCACGCGAAGAAGCCUCCAGAAGGAUGGGACGUAGUCGAUUUCCUAAAGGCAAUAGACGUCGGAGAUGGAGUGGAAUCAAUAGCAGAAUCGUUUGAAUCCUGGAACGAUUUCAUAUCGUCAACUCCAGAAGAGCUUUACGCUAACACGUCGAUGACGAAUAAGCAGAGAAGAAAAAUAAUUAAGUACAUAUCGUUAUACAACCACGGACUGUGGCCGAAGUCGGACGACCAGGACUAUGUAAAGGCGUUCCAAGCGCCGGCGCUCGAAAACGAGGGUAAGCCGUGGGACGAGGAGUCGGACAGGGAGCUCUUGCGGCUGGCGGAGUACUACCACGCUGACUUCGGAGACCCGUGGCUGUACAUCUCGUGGGACAUGCAGAGAACAAUCGAGGACGUGCAGGACAGAUACACGGAGAUCGCGAUCAAGCCGAAGUACAAGAAUGACAAGUGCGACUUCGGAGUGACGCGCUGCCACCAGCCGCUGCUGAUGAACAGGAAGUUUAAGAUGUGCCCGCCGUUCCUGUACAUCGUCCCCUCGGAGGAGAACUUCCCGCUCGCGGAAAUACACACGGGGGAGGGCGACAAGACUGUGAAGGAGGCGAAGGAGGUCUUUUCGCCCAAAUUCCUCAAGUACAGAAACCCAUCAAUCUUUUAA